AUGGCCGAGAAGGGAGACUGCUUUGCCAGUGUCUACGGGUAUGACCUCGGCGGGCGCUUUGUGGACUUCCGACCCCUGGGCUUCGGCGUCAACGGGCUGGUGCUGUCGGCCACGGACAGCAGGACCUGCCGGAAGGUGGCCGUGAAGAAGGUCACCCUGAGCGACGCCCGCAGCAUGAAGCACGCCCUCCGGGAGAUCAAGAUCAUCCGGCGCCUGGACCACGACAACAUCGUGAAGGUGUACGAGGUGCUGGGGCCCAAGGGCGCCAACCUGCAGGGCGAGCUGUUCAAGUUCAGCGUGGCCUACAUCGUGCAGGAGUACAUGGAGACCGACCUGGCCCGCCUGCUGGAGCAGGGCACGCUGGCCGAGGAGCACGCCAAGCUGUUCAUGUACCAGCUGCUCCGCGGGCUCAAGUACAUCCACUCGGCCAACGUGCUGCACAGGGACCUGAAGCCCGCCAACAUCUUCAUCAGCACCGAGGACCUCGUGCUCAAGAUCGGGGACUUCGGCUUGGCGAGGAUCGUCGAUCAGCAUUAUUCCCACAAGGGUUAUCUGUCAGAAGGCUUGGUAACGAAGUGGUACCGCUCACCACGCCUGCUCCUCUCCCCUAACAACUACACCAAAGCCAUCGACAUGUGGGCGGCCGGCUGCAUCCUGGCCGAGAUGCUCACAGGGAGAAUGCUCUUUGCAGGGGCUCACGAGCUGGAGCAGAUGCAGCUCAUCCUGGAGACCAUCCCUGUGAUCCGGGAGGAGGACAAGGACGAGCUGCUCAAGGUGAUGCCCUCCUUCGUCAGCAGCACCUGGGAGGUGAAGAGGCCCCUGCGCAAGCUGCUCCCCGAAGUGAACAGUGAAGCCAUCGACUUUCUGGAGAAGAUCCUGACCUUUAACCCCAUGGAUCGCCUCACAGCCGAGAUGGGGCUGCAGCACCCCUACAUGAGCCCGUACUCAUGCCCGGAGGACGAGCCCACCUCCCAGCACCCCUUCCGCAUUGAGGACGAGAUUGACGACAUCCUGCUGAUGGCCGCCAGCCAGAGCCAGCUCUCCACCUGGGACAGGUGCGGUGCCAGGUACCCCGUGAGCCUGUCAUCCGACCUGGAGUGGCGGCCCGACCGGUGCCCGGACGCGAGCGAGGUGCAGCGGGACCCGCGCGCGGGCUCGGCGCCGGCGGAGGACGUGCAGGUGGACCCGCGCAAGGACUCGCAGAGCAGCUCGGAGCGCUUCCUGGAGCAGUCGCACUCGUCCAUGGAGCGCUCCUGCGACUACAAGGUGGGGUCGCCGUCCUACCUGGACAAGCUGCUGUGGCGCGACGGCAAGCCGCACCACUACUCGGAGCCCAAGCUCAUCCUGGACCUGUCGCACUGGAAGCAGGCGGCCGGCGCGCCCCCCGCCGCCGCCGCCGGGGCCGCGGACGAUGCCGGGGACCUCGACGCCGGGGCGGCGCGCCGCGGGGAGGACGAGCCGGCCAGCCUCUUCCUGGAGAUCGCGCAGUGGGUGCAGAGCACGCAGGGCGGCCAGGAGCCGGCCAGCCCGCCCCGCGAGGCGCCCGAGCGCCGCCCGCCCGCCUCCCCGCCCGGCCGCCCGGCCCCCGCGGACGGCGGCGCCAGCCCCCAGUUCGACCUGGACGUGUUCAUCUCCCGCGCCCUGAAACUCUGCACCAAGCCCGAAGACCUGCCGGACAACAAGCUGGGCGACCUCAACGGCACGUGCAUCCCCGAGUGCCCUGCAGAUCUCGUGCAGGCAGACACCUUCUCCAAAGAACGGUGGUGA